AUGGCCCGAGGACCCUCUUUCGAACAAUCAUCAUCAGUCACGACAUUGUCUUCCAACCCUCUCGUCUCUGUUCUAAACAGCCCGAUUGCUUCUAGCUCCCCAUCACCAGAACCAUCUCAGUCGUCAACCCCCACCAUGGUUGGCCGCAAGAACACUAUGUGCCGCAGCCCGCAGGCCGAUGUUCCCACCUCUGUCACCUAUACUCCCACAACCCACCGCAUCAGCAAGGCAAAGAAGGGAAAGCGCGUCCAUGCGUGUGAAUAUCCCGGCUGCAGCAAGGUCUUUACCCGUGCCGAGCACCGCAGACGCCAUGAACUGAACCACAAUCCCGAAGCCUCCUACCCUUGUACAUACACUAGCUGCAAGAAGGCCUUCCACAGGCCUGAUUUGCUGGCGCGCCAUAUGGAGCGACACGAACUUGACUCGCAAACAGACCAGGCUCAAUGGACACCACAAACCCAAGCUGCCUCCCUGGGCGAGCCUGUCCCGCGCUGCAUGUCUAUGGAUUCUGGAUCUUUGAUUGCGGGCACCCCCCAGCAAUCUCACUCUAUGUCUAUCGGCUCGAUUGUGGCACCAGGAGUUCACCCUGACCUUGCCAGCGACUGCGGAAUGGUCUGGAGCAACAUGGAGUUGCCUCUGCAGCAACGCCCUUCCACCAACCUUUUUCAAAACCAUAUCCCAGAAACUUCCGAUGACAGCCCCUUCUACUCAUCUCCGGCAGAAACCUGCCCCUCGCCUCUAUCUGACGCGACAUUCUCUCUCCCCACAACCGCCAGCUCCUCCAUUUCCUCCAUUUCCAUGAUCGACCAGUAUCCCAAGGGUCUUCUCAAGGAGUUGACUUCGUCUCCGCUUCAGAUGGCCUCCCCACUGCGGUGGGAGGGUCCGGAGACCGGAAUGCCUCCGUCGCAUUUGGUUCCCAUCUCUCUCGAGGAGAACCUCAUUCAACCGACCGUUCAGUGCAACUACCCUUCUCCUUCCUGGUCUAGCGCGGACUGCCUCCCCUACGAAGACCCCCAGUCACUGGGCCAUUUCCAGCCAAUGGGCUGGAAGCAGUGGGCGAUGUGA